AUGACAAUGUCUACACCAUACACAAUAGAAAAACCAUUCAAAGUAUCCAUCAUUGGUUCCGGUAACUGGGGUACAGCUGUUGCAAAGCUUGUAGCUGAAAACUGUGCUGAAAAACCAGAAAUUUUUCAAAAAGAUGUGCAGAUGUGGGUCUUCCAGGAAGAUAUCGACGGAAGGAAACUCACAGAUAUCAUCAACACUGACCACGAAAACGUGAAAUACUUGCCAGGAAUCCAACUCCCAACAAACCUUAUCGCCAAUCCAGACAUUGUUGAAACCGUUAAGGAUGCCGACUUGCUUAUAUUCAAUAUCCCCCACCAAUUCUUACCAAGAGUCAACAAACAACUUAAAGGACACGUGAAACCAACAGCAAGAGCAAUUUCAUGUCUUAAAGGUCUUGAAGUAGACUCACAAGGCUGUAAAUUACUCUCAACAUCCAUCACAGACGAUUUGGGAAUCUACUGUGGUGUCUUGUCCGGUGCCAACAUUGCCACCGAAGUCGCCAAAGGUAACUGGUCAGAAACAUCCAUCGGAUACACAGUGCCACCAGAUUUCCAAGGCCCAGGUAAAGAUAUCGACGAAUACGUGCUUAAGCAAUUGUUCCACCGUCCUUACUUCCACGUGCGUGUGAUCCAAGACGUUGUCGGAGCAUCCAUCGCCGGUGCAUUGAAGAAUGUUGUUGCAUGUGCUGUCGGUUUCGUUAUUGGUGCCGGCUGGGGUGACAAUGCCAAGGCUGCCAUUAUGAGAAUUGGUAUCAAGGAAAUCAUCCACUUUUCAUCCUACUGGGAGAAAUUCGGUAUCAAGGGUCUCUCACCACCAAACCCAACAACAUUUACUGAAGAGUCUGCCGGUGUUGCCGACUUGAUCACAACAUGUUCCGGUGGAAGAAACGUUAAAGUUGCCAAAUAUAUGGUUGAGAACAAGGUAGAUGCAUGGGAAGCCGAAAAAGAAGUGCUUAAAGGACAAAGUUCUCAAGGUAUAAUCACUGCUAAGGAAGUACAUGAAUUGCUCACAAAUUUCAAAUUGACCGACGAGUUCCCAUUGUUUGAAGCCACAUACAAAAUCAUUUACGAGAAUGGUAACGUUGACGAUUUGCCAAGCUUGUUGAACUCUGACGACUAA